AUGAUAGAGAAUGAUGAGGCUGACAACUAUUCUGUCGGGACAACUAGGUGGACGAGAAGUGAAGCAGAGGAGGAGGAAUACCGCCUGGAGAAGAAACCUAGGCCGGAAAAUGAGAAUGAUGACGCCUUGGUGACAAGCCGAUUCGCCAAGGGAGUGGCAGGUAAGGAGAAAGCCCCAGAGGAAAGGAGGCCGGAGAAGCACGAAAAGAAACAUGGCAAAAGGCCUGAGCCCUACCGACAGCCCUGGGAGCGAAGGGACCAAAGACCUUUUCCUCCCCGGGUCUCAGAACAGAAACCACUCCCUUCAUGGGUUCCGGAGAAGCCGACGCCACUUAAUGCCUCUAGAGCCGAAGUGCUCAUAGCUGUCCAAGACAAAGAAUUCUUACAAUGGCCCAAACCUCUGAAAGCGGAAGCCGACCAGCGAAAUCCUGACAAAUAUUGUCAGUUCCAUCGUACUCAUGGCCACGACACCAAUAACUAUUUUCAGUUGAUCGCAGAAAUUGAGAGGUUGAUAAAAAGAGGACACCUGAAGAACUUCGUGAAGAAACCAGAAGGACAGAGACCUCAGCCCAGUCCGGCAGUCCAAACGCCGAGAAGAACGGGAGCUAACCCUGUAAAUGACGGGUCCAGUGGGACCAUUAAUAUGAUCGUAGGAGGCACUGGGGGCCGGAUGAGUCGAAGGGGGAAAAAGAGGAGUAGAGAGGGAGAAAACAGCAACGCUGAGGUCAUGCAGAUCGUCGAACACUCUUCAACGACCAUCACUUUCUCCUCGGAGGACGCUCAGGGUGUUCAGAUGCCUCACGACGACGCCCUUGUCAUUGAUGCUAUCAUUCACAACUACCGGGUAAAGAAGAUCUUAGUGGAUGACGGAAGCAAGGUGAACCUACUGCCUUACCGAGUCUUCCAGCAGAUGGGGAUUCCUGAAGAGCAAAUGAUUCGGGACCAGGCCCCGAUUAAAGGGAUUGGAGGAACACCAGUGACGGUGGAAGGGAAAGUAAAGCUAGCCCUCACUUUGGGAGAGGCACCAAGGACUCGCACCCAUUAUGCGGUGUUCUUGGUGGCUAAACUCCCUCUAAGUUACAACGCGAUCCUGGGAAGACCUGUGCUGUUUGACUUUGAGGCCGUCACCAAUAGCAUAUGUUCUACUACUGGCAGUCCGAAAGUUCAGGGUUUAUCUGGAAGGCCACCAAGGAGUAGUAAUGACAGAUCAACCUUUGAAGAAGAUUCUGCAUAG